CGUUCCCUCCACCCUCUAGGCACCGGCCGGGACGCGCGCGCGUAGGGGAGGCUGCCGAGGGCCGGAUCAGGCUCCGGAAGGAACGAGCUGGCCGGCCAGGAAGUCUUUGAGCCGCGAUAACUUCCAAUAGUCCUGCUUCCCAGGAGACGUGGGGCCAGACUGACCCUUUUCUGGGCCCCGUCCGGGCCUGGGCUGAACUUGCCAAUCUCUGUCCUAAACCAGCUCGACCUGAUGGUCCCCCAAAGAUCCUCUUAGCUUCCCGGCUAGUCUGCUGGAUUUAGAUAAAUGACUGAUAUAUACAGUGAGUGUAUAGAGAGAGAGAAGAAGAAAGGAGAAAACUAGGGUUUACCUCUGUCUGGUUCUGAGUGGCCACCUCAGGGUGCAGUGAGGGAAAUGACUGCUGGUGACUUGAUAUAAUUUCUAAGUAACAAAGUUUCAAAUUCCACUUCUGCAACUCACCUUCUGCCUAGUAACGGUAAGUUGCUAGAACCCAAGUCCCAGUUUGCCCCCCACCCCAGACAUAUUAAUUCCUAUGCCAUACAUUCCUUUAAAUCAUAUAUGUGAGAUAUUUGGGAUACAUAGUAUGUCAAACAUUUAGUAGGUGUUUUAAAUAAAUACAGUCAGUCCCGUUUUACAGAUGUCUCAGAUUAAAUGUGUUCAAGGACCCAACUACGAAGUAGUGAAACCAGGAAUCAGACCCACAAUUUCUCUCUUAUAUCUGUAUGAAUAGUGGCAUCUUCCAAAUGCAAAGCACUAUAUAGGACCCGCUACAUCAGCACGGAGCUGGGCAUCAGGCAGAGGCUGCUUGUGGCAGUACUGACCUCACAGGCCACAUUGCCCACUCUGGGUGUGGCUGUGAACCGUACUCUGGGGCACCGACUAGAGCGUGUAGUGUUCCUGACAGGCGUACGGGGCCGCCGGGCACCACCUGGCAUGGCUGUGGUGACCCUGGGCGAGGAACGUCCCAUAGGGCACCUGCACUUGGCGCUGCGCCACCUGCUGGAGCAGCAUGGAGACGACUUUGACUGGUUCUUCCUGGUGCCAGACACCACCUACACCGAGGCGCACGGACUGGCACGCCUAACUGGCCGCCUCAGCCUGGCCUCUGCUGCCCACCUCUAUCUGGGCCGGCCCCAGGACUUCAUUGGUGGAGAGCCCACACCAGGCCGUUACUGCCAUGGUGGCUUCGGGGUGCUGCUGUCCCGCACACUGCUGCAGCAGUUGCGCCCCCACCUGGAAGGCUGCCGUAACGAUAUCGUCAGUGCACACCCAGAUGAGUGGCUGGGACGCUGCAUUCUUGAUGCCACGGGAGUGGGCUGCACUGGCGACCAUGAGGGUGUACAUUAUAGCUAUCUGGAGCUGAGCCCUGGGGAACCUGUGCAAGAGGGGGACCCUCGUUUCCGCAGUGUCCUGACAGCCCACCCUGUACAUGACCCUGUGCACAUGUAUCAGCUGCACCAAGCUUUUGCCCGAGCUGAGCUGGAACGCACAUACCAGGAGAUCCAGGAGUUACAGUGGGAAAUCCAGAACACCAGCCAUCUGGCAGUUGAUGGGGAGCGGGCAGCUGCCUGGCCUGUGGGCAUCCCAGCACCAUCCCGCCCAGCCUCUCGCUUUGAGGUGCUGCGCUGGGACUACUUCACGGAGCAGCAUGCUUUCUCCUGCGCUGAUGGCUCACCCCGCUGCCCAUUGCGUGGGGCUGAUCGGGCUGAUGUGGCUGAUGUCCUGGGAGCAGCCCUGGAGGAACUCAAUCGCCGCUACCACCCGGCCCUGCGGCUCCAGAAGCAGCAGCUGGUUAAUGGUUACCGCCGUUUUGAUCCAGCCCGUGGUAUGGAGUACAUGCUGGACUUGCAGCUGGAGGCCCUGACCCCUCAGGGUGGCCGGUGGCCCCUCACUCACCGGGUGCAGCUGCUCCGGCCUCUGAGCCGUGUGGAGAUCUUACCUGUGCCCUAUGUCACUGAGGCCUCCCGUCUCACUGUGCUGCUGCCUCUGGCUGCAGCUGAGCGUGACCUGGCCCCUGGCUUCCUGGAGGCCUUUGCCACUGCAGCAUUAGAGCCUGGUGAUGCUGCAGCAGCCCUGACCCUGUUGCUACUGUAUGAGCCACGCCAGGCCCAGCGGGCAGCCCAUGCAGAUGUCUUUGCACCUGUCAAGGCCCACGUGGCAGAGCUGGAACGGCGUUUCCCCGGUGCCCGGGUGCCAUGGCUCAGUGUGCAGACAUCUGUACCCUCACCACUGCGCCUCAUGGAUCUGCUCUCCAAGAAGCACCCACUGGACACCUUGUUCCUGCUGGCCGGGCCAGACACGGUGCUCACACCUGACUUCCUGAACCGCUGCCGCAUGCAUGCCAUCUCUGGUUGGCAGGCCUUCUUCCCCAUGCACUUCCAAGCCUUCCACCCAGCUGUGGCCCCACCACAAGGCCCUGGGCCACCAGAGCUGGGCCGCGACACAGGCCGCUUUGAUCGCCAGGUGGCCAGCGAGGCCUGCUUCUACAACUCUGACUACGUGGCAGCCCGUGGGCGACUGGCAGCGGCCUUAGAGCAGGAGGAGGAGCUGCUGGAGAGCCUGGAUGUAUACGAGCUGUUCCUGCGUUUCUCGGGACUGCAUGUGCUGCGGGCAGUGGAGCCAGCACUACUACAGCGCUACCGGGCCCAGACAUGCAGUGCCCGGCUCAGUGAAGAUCUGUACCACCGCUGCCGCCAGAGCAUGCUUGAAGGCCUUGGCUCCCGAACCCAGCUGGCCAUGCUGCUCUUUGAGCAGGAGCAGGGCAACAGCACCUGACCCUGCCCUGUGUUCCUGAGCCCUGGCACAGCCGUACCACACCCUGCUCCUCCUCAACACCUGGAGACACCUGCCAGCCUCGCCAGACAGGGCUGGCCAUAGCCUCUUUCCCCAGGGCAGCCCACUGGUCCCCUCUCUCUGGCUUGUGGGUCCUUGGGCUCAGGACAAGCUCUGGGAGAGGUGCCACCAGAGCCAUGCCCUUCUGACCCCAAAUCCAAUCUCCCUGCCCCCUUGACACUGCUGAUUCAGGCUGUGGCCUCCGUGUAUUUAUGCAGUACAUUCUGCCUGACACCAGCCCCACCUCAGGGUCAGGCCCUGGGUUCUGGGCUGUAGAUGAGCUGUUGAGAAAGGGAAAGCUGAGGGAGGAGGGGAGCAUCUCCCAACUUCUCCAUUCUGGACCCCUGACGAAGCUGCCUGCCCUUAAUAAACAGGCUGAGUGUGGACUAGUGA